AAUGUGCUUUCGAGAGUGACCAAGCUGCCUUUGGUGAGCAGCGCCUAUGACAUGGCUGCCUCCGCGUAUGCCUCGACCAAAGAGAACCACCCCUACGUCAAGGCAGUCCUGGAUUUGGCUGAGGAAGGCAUCAAGCACCUCUCUGAUGUGGCUGUAACCAGUGCUCAGCCCCUCCUGACGAAGCUCGAACCUCAGGUUUCACUGGCAGGUCAGUAUGCUUCAAUGGGCCUGGAUAAACUGGAGGAGAAGCUGCCGAUCCUUCAUCAGACAGCUGACCAGGUUAUUUCUGAUACACAAAAGCUGGUGCUGUCAAAAGUAGCUGAUGCCAGAGAAGCUGUCACCAAGGCUGUACAGAAUGGCAAGGAAAUGGUGGUAGACACGAGGAUGGGUAAGAUGGCCUUGAGUGGAGCGGAAGCCAUGCUGGAGAAGUCCGAGGAGUUGCUGGACCACUACCUCCCAGUGGCGGGUGAAGAGCUGGCUGAGCUUGCAGAGCCUGCACCAGCCGGAGUGGACGCAGCUGCCGAGCCUCCUGGCUACUUUGUCCGUCUGGGCUCCCUGUCGAGUAAGCUCCGUCACCGUGCCUACCAGCAUGCUGUAGUUAAGGUGAAAACGGCUAGGGAUAACAUCAGAGAGGCUUUCUCUCAGCUGCAUCAGUACAUCGGGCAGAUAGAGCAUACAAAAGAAGAUGUUGUCCAGGAAGGCCAGGAGAAGCUGUCUCAGAUAGAAAGUCACACCUUGGACAUGUCUUCCCGCAUCACUGAUCAGUUGAAGAUGGCAUUCAAGAACCUGAUUACCAACAUCCAAGGCCUCCCGAGCAGCCUCCAGCAUAAUGUGCAACAGGCAUAUCAUAGCGUGGAGGAGCUCCAUGCUUACUUCACCACUGCUCAGUCUUUCCAUGACCUCUCGAGCAUCAGACUAAGUCAAGGCCAAGAGAAGACCCUGAAGGCCCAGGACUAUGUAGAGGAGGUUCUGGAAUACGUGGUCAAUAACACUCCCUUGUCUUGGCUUGUAGGGCCGCUUGCUCCUGGACUGGAGAAACCAGGAAAUGUUGCAGAGCACACAAAACCCGAUGAUAGGGAAGGAAAGGCCUUAAAGGCACCGGAACAAAAGGAAAAUCUGUGA